AUGCCUUCAAUAGAUAAUUAUCCAUAUCUAGAUCCAGCAAAAGAUCGAAGGGUUGCAAUUAUAACAGGAGGAAAUAGUGGGAUUGGAUUUUAUACAGUAUUACAAUUAUAUUUACAUGGUUAUAUAAUAUAUAUUGCCGGUAGAUCUAGAUCUCGAUGUAAUAAACUGAUAAAAGAAUUACAAAUAAAAGCAUAUGAGAUACUAGAUUCCACAUAUAGUACAAAUAAUGAAGAAAGUGAUAAUGACAAUUUAAUAGAACUUACUAAAAUUAAGAAUCGAAAACUUGGAGAAUUACAUUAUUUAGAAUUAGAUUUAAGUAGUUUACAAUCAGUUUUAAAAGCAGUUGAAACAUUUAAACAAAAAGAAGAUUUUUUACAUUUAUUAAUAAAUAAUGCAGGAGCAAUGGCUGUACCAUAUACAUUAACUCAAGAUAAUUUUGAAAUUCAAUUACAAACUAAUUUUAUAUCACCUUUUUUAUUAACUUUAAAAUUACUACCCAUACUUGAAAAGACAAAAGAUAAAUUUCCCAAUAUUAUUGAAACUCCAAGAGUCAUAUACCUAAGUUCAAUAGGUCAUCAAAUUGCUAUAAAAUAUUUUAAUUUGAAAAAGCCAAUGAAUUAUAGACCUGAUUUUGUAUUUACUUGGGUAAGAUAUGGAAUAGCUAAAACAGCAGGUAUACAUUUUAUGAAAAUGUUAGCAUUAAGAAACCCCAAGGUUUUAUGUCUAAUAGUUCAUCCUGGUUUUGUAAUGAACCCCAAUAUCUUUACAUAUUGGACAAAUCUACCAAUCGUAGGUAUUUUAUUUUGGUGUUUUUUCCAAAUAUUUGCAUAUUUCUUUGGUGUAACUCCAGAACAAGGAUCAGAAGAAGUUUUAAAAGAAUCUUUAAAUUCAAAUUUUGUUAUUGAAAAAAAUAAUGGAGAAUAUUUUGGACCUGGUGGUAAAGAAAUUCAACCUUCUAAAAUUGCUAAUAAUAUGGAUUAUGCUGCUAGGACUUGGAUUUGGACUAUUCAUGAAUUAAAUGAGAGGGGAAUUGCGAUUGAUGGAUCUUGA